GGCCGUUAUAUAAUCAAUGAAGCUGUUUUUCAAGUUGCUGUUCAUCUCUCAAGUGGUACUAGGAUUGCUUUAGCUCCAGCUGUGCUUGCUCACUUGUAUGCUGACUUGAGUCUAUUGAAAGACCACACUAGAGCUUUCACUAGAUCCAAGUCUAUUGAGCUGAGUGCCUCCUUGUUUAAGUUGGUCCAAGUUUGGACAUGGGAGAGAUUCAGGGAACUAAGGCCAAGACCUAAUCUUCUGCUCGAGGGUCAGCCAAGAUUGGCUCUUUGGGAUGAAGUGAAGCAAGGUAAGAACGAUGUGAGGAAGAUUCUGGACAACUCAAGUUUUGAGUGGAGACCAUACACCAAAGCUGUGGAGAACUGGAAGCUUCCUAAGUUUUACCCGGAGAAAGCAAUGUGGGUUCCUGUUGGUCCUGAUCUUGAUGAGGAACUCAUCUCCUUUGCCAGAUGCAUUAAGGCGUGUGAGCUUGUGGGGAUGGAUAGUGUGGAACACUACUUUCCCAACCGAGUGGCUUCACAAUUUGGAAUGCUUCAGGAUGCUCCUUCUCCUCCUCCUGUUGUCAACAGGAACAACCUUUCAAGGGAAGCAGCUCGGGAGGAGUACAACAAGGCUAUUGAUGAUUUGACAUUGUACAUCCUUUCUCGUGUUACCCCAACGUUCUGCGACUGGUGGAAGGAGAAGGGUGUUGUUGAAUCAUCUGAAACACUGAAAUCAAGAAACAUCGUAGGUGAUUUAGGUCCUAAGAAACGGAAGCGAAUUCGUGAAAACAACGAUGAAGAAGAUGUUUCUGAACCGCUUUGCAGGAAAUGUAGACUUGCGGCGGCUAAUGUAGACAAAGAUGUAACACCGCCAGAAAGAGAGCAAAGGAAAGGAACUGACGAAACGGGAAGCAAAGCAGGGAAACGUGUUGUUCUGAGCCCUUCUCAUCCUCCUUCUUCUGCCUUAGGUAGAGCAAUGGGCAUUGUUAUAUCUUCAACAAAAUCAUGUGAUGAUGAGCGAUGUGAAAGCAUUGUACAGAAGAUGACCUUGAUUGAUUAUGUAACUAAGGAGACUGAGUUUUCUCUCCAUGAAGGUGGUGCCAUAACUGGAGAUAAAGAGAGUUCAGAAAGCUUGAUCCAUAAUGAUGAAACUGGCUGGAAGAAUAUGGUUAGGAGCCCAAAUAACUCUUCAGAUCCUCUUCGUGGUUUUGAUGAUGCAACUCAUGACACUCAUGUGUCACCACCGCUAGAGACAAGGCAAACAUGUGAUGAUGAGAUUGAUGUACAUGGAAGCAAUGUGGAGAAGAUGACUGUGCCUGAUGAUGGCAACAAGGAGCCAGAGUGUCUUCUCCAUGAAGAUGGUGGCAUGUCUGGAGGAGAAAAGGAGAGCUCAGAGAAGAAGGAAGAUGAAAUUUUGAUCCAGACGAAGAUUGCAUCAAAUGCAGACAACAAUGAACCUACUCCUUGUGAAAAUCUUGCUCCCGGAGGUUCUGAAGUACUUGGUGAGUCAAAAAGUGGCAAUCCUUUAGGUGAUGAAGCUCAGGGAGAUGAUUGCUUGUUUGAUGAUACUGUCCUUGGAAGUGAAGAACCUAUGAAAUCUAGUGAGAGGUUAGAAAAGAGAAAAGAAGAUGUUGGUGAUGGUAAUGACUUAUAUGAAAAGAGUCUACACAAUGUGAAGGAGCUUGCAUCCUCGAUAGAGAAGCUGGCAUUGUCAAUAGACGAGCGUAUUGCUAAGGCUGAAAGAAAUGUGGCAUGGUUGAAAGCAAUGAGAGACGCAAAACAGAGGAAAACUGCAGCAGCAGCAGCUCGUUUGAUCUAA